AGGCAAAGUCAAGCACGGUUCAGCGUGUACCCGAAGACAUCGUCUUCGUGGACUCGAAGACGAUGUCUUCGGUUCUGUGAAGAGACCUUCGAGCCGAGUCCUUGCGACUACCGAUGCACGCGCAAAACUCCGCUUCAAAACUGUGCAUGUAGGAAUCAAUAAUCUCGGCAGUAGUCAGAAGAAGAGCGGGGACGUGUGCCACAAGACCGAAGGAGACGGAUAGAGCUAGUGGUCUGGUUGCUUGUUCUCCGAGACAUCUCUGUUUACAAACACGAGCAGAAAACGUGGCUGAUUCGACCCAGUCCUCGAAGUUGGAUCAAUCUGUGUUCGGAAUAUCAAGACUUCGACCUUCCUGAAGACGGAGAGUACAUCCACCGGCCACCGUCAUCGUACAAGUCGAGUUAGAGGGCAUCCGCGGUCCAUGCCGUCUGAAGAUGAGUGGGAUCAGAAUUCAGGCAGGUGGAAACUGCGAAUGUGGUGGGCGAACAUGACGACGAAUCGUCGAAGACGCCUAGUGGCUCUGCUUGCGCUCUCGGUGCUCGCCUUCCUGGCAUUGCAGAAAUUCGACAAAAAUGCGGAGAAGAGACCUGCGACAGGCUCGAGUGCCCGGCUGCAAUUGCAAUCCAAUGGGUCGGACUGUCUGAGAGUUUGUGGCAACGUCUCGAUCCCCUAUCCCUUCGGACUUUCACCACAAUGCGCCUUCAGCUCCUACUUUGUGCUGGACUGCAGGACCGACCUGGGACCAAAUCUCACUUCGCAUUUACCAAGUCCGUGGCCGGUUCUGACUCACAUAGCGGCCACAUCCACUCUCGGACAAAGUUUCAGCAAUGGCACCAUAACAAAUGGAUUUUUCGAGGUGAAUUUUCUGCCAGUAACGCAGAUACAAUCUAACUUCAUCCUCAUAGAUACGACGAAUAUCAAAGCGAUGGGCUGCGAGAAAACGGCCACUGCCAGCCUUACUCUGGACGCGCAAGGCCCCUACUGGAUUUCUGAGCGGAACGUCUUCAUCGUCGUAUCUUGCAGUGCUCAAGGAUCGGCUACGGGUUCUAGUAGUUCUCUGAGUAACGGUUUCAGCACGACGUGCGGUCCAGUGUCGUGUAUCAACCAGUACGUGAUGCCGUACUGUGGCUUCUAUGACUGCUGCAUUCAGACCAUUGGAUUGACCAAGACAGUAUCGAUGACAGGGCUAGGAAUAGCGUUCGCGCAGUUUACAAAUUGUGGCUACUCCACCCUUUUGUAUCCAGAUUCAUUUGUUGAAGGCGGGAAAGGAGUUGGUGAUGGAUACUACGGAGUCGCUUUGUGGUAUAACAUCCAGAGGGGGGUGGAUAUUUACAACUGCUUUGAAGCUGCAAAGGAUACAGAGAAAUUUGAAUGCUCCACGCCUGAACAAUGCACCGACUUGAAGGAUGGCUACUAUUGUCAUUGCGAUAAGGAGGGCUACGAGGGAGAUGGUUAUAAAUUGGGCACCGGCUGUAAAGAUAUCAACGAGUGUGAGGGGUCGAACAAUUGCUCCAGUAUAGCUACAUGCGUCAACACCGAUGGUAGCUAUGAGUGUAAAUGCCCUGACUUAAUGGAACUGGACCGUGGCAACAAUUGCACUUGGAUCGAUCAGUGUAAAAAUAAGACCAAAGUCUGCUCCCCAGAUGCUGAGUGUACUUUCGACAGCAGCUCUGGCGAUUUAAAUUGCACUUGCCAAGGUGGAACUUUCGGAGACGGGCGCGUAAACGGAACAGGUUGCAGACUCAAAGAGACUUCCAAUUUGCCCGUCAUAAUCGGUGUGAGUGUCGGUAGUGUGGUAGCGUUCAUCAUCAUCAACAGCAUUCUAUUGUGGUAUUUCUUUCGGAGGAGGCGGCUUGCGUUCGAUCCAGCAAUUUUCUCACAGCAAGAGCUGCUGAAUGAGAUCGAGAACAAAGAGGGUGCCAAAUACUGCAAACUUUUCACCUACAGCGAGCUUCGAGAGGCAACGAAAGACUUCUCGGUCGAGCUCGGAUCUGGAGGAUUCGGCACCGUAUUUGAAGGAACCCUGCGGGACGGAACCAAGGUUGCCAUCAAGAAGGCCAAACACGGAAUGGGCGAGACACGAAACGAGGCGAAACAGUUCGUUAAUGAAAUUGUCAUUCUGUCGCAAUUGAAUCAUCGGAAUCUCGUGAACUUGCUGGGAUGCUGCUUGGAGACACGGGUACCCGUCCUGGUAUACGAAUUCGUCUCUAAUGGCAAUUUGCACGAACACAUCCAAAUGAGACGUCCAACGGAAGCUCAGAGGUCCGCUGAGGCAGUGGUUGACAACAACAACUACUUCUGUCAUCCACCCCUAAAUUGGACUUUACGUUUGAAGAUAGCAAUUGAGACAGCGGAGGGAUUAGCAUAUCUCCACUGGGGAACGUCUCCCCCUGUUUACCAUCGAGAUGUCAAGUGCGCCAAUAUUCUUCUGGAUGACACGUACAAUGUAAAAGUGGCUGAUUUUGGUUUGUCAAAACUCGUCCCCCUCGAGGACACAGAUGCAUAUGCGGUCCCAACUGCAAUACAAGGUACUCCUGGCUAUAUGGACCCAGCGCUUUUUGACCAGUACGAGUUAACGGACAAAUCAGAUGUAUACAGCUACGGUGUACUGCUUCUCGUUAUUCUCACUGGGCAGAGACCAGUGGAUCUUAAGAGACAGCCUAGGGAUCAAAAUCUUGUCAACAGAUGCAACCGUUUGAUGACUCAGGGUCUUUUCGCAGAUAUCAUUGAUCCAGAGUUAUCAGGGGCGGUUGAGAGUCCAGACACCCUGGAAGCCAUCGAUGCAGUUGCCAAGCUUGCAUUGAAGUGUGUAAGCAGAGAUGGCCAGGAUAGGCCAACCAUGAAAGAAGUGGCUUCGGAGUUACACACUAUUCGAGGAAAGACAAAGACGAGGACCUCAGUUUCAAAAAUGGUUAAGAGCCUGACGAAGAAGGUUAACAUUUCAAAAGAGUACUCUUUGGUUCCACUUGCUGAUGGACAAUUGAACAAUUCCUACUACACAUCUACCUCAAGCUCCACCCUAGGCCUACCAUGGUCGGAAACAGAAAGCUCCCAGCUGUCUUCCAGUGGACUCAGUGAGUUUGAACUUUCGAAGCAAGAAAGAAAACCGGUUCUUGGAAACCCUUGAGUAUGGGAUCAUUUUGUUCUAUCUUUAGCGCCUGGAAAAGGAAGAGAGUGUGUGAUGAUCCGAGGUAUUAACAAUCAUUCGAUCUGGGUGAUUGUCUGUUGCUGGAUCCUUUUUCGGGCUUGCAGCUCCAGUUUUUUCGGGUGUCUUGAUUUAGAAUUCAUCCUUUCCUAGAAAUGCUUCUUUGAAUUAUUCAUCCCAUGACUCAUGGGAUGAAUAAGCACCUUUGGUUGCAGAUUAGAGAGUCCGAACUGUAAAUUCUGUUUUUUCCUCAUCUGAGUUUAGUGUAAAUACUAUUGAUCAUGUAAACUACACUUAGGCUCUUACGUAGAUCCAUGUACUACUAAAACGAGGACCAACUAACAUCAGCGAUCAGGAGAAGUAGAUUAGGUUAUUAGAAAAAUGAGAUGAUAGAUUAGAUUAAAGAGUAUGUAGAAGAGCAAAUUUUGUUGGAGAUUUGGUUUGAUAGCUGAUUAAUCUUCACGCCGUAUGCUCCACAGAUAGAAGCGGGGUGGUUUUACACAUUCAAUACAUGUUUCAAUGAAAGAGAUCUGUUUAUUUGGGUCUUACAAUAAGAUCUAAAUAUUUAGAUCAAUCAAAACAAAGAACCUAGUCUCAGUUACGU